AUGUCUUUAAGAAACCUGUCCUGUCCCCCUACCGGCACUUCCCGCCCUGUUACUGGUCCACUUCGUCACUCGAGCCGUCCUUCUGACAGCGUUACACGUUACCCAACGGACAAAGUACGGGAAAGAUCGAGCAGAGAUCGAAAGAAAUUCGUUCCAUUGGGGGAGGAUGACUAUAGAAGGGAGCAGGCCGAGCUCUAUCCUCCCGAUGGAUACUUCUCAACAACUUCGAAGCAAAAAAAAGAGAACGGAAAAAGGGGAAAAGUAACAAGAGACAAUCGUGAAUAUCCACAGGCUUAUUGCGAGGACUACAAGGAGUAUGAUGAUGCCAAGAAAACCGCCAUAGGCGCCAACGGGGAGUACCGUAGCCAAAAGGACAGAUAUCAGGAGAUUGAACGCAAGACUUUCAUACCUAGUCUGUAUGAUUCACAUAUUGGGAACGAUGACAGAAGUGGUGUCUACUACCCUCAGCAUCACAGAGCCUUGCGCGAACCAUCAGACAGAAGAGAAGAUACAGCAUAUGACUAUGCCACCAAGAGAAUGGACACUUUCGAAAAAUGGCCAAGGAUCAGCAGGUCAACCAAAUCGGAUCAGAAUCACUAUACGGCGACUGAUUAUGCUUGGAACGAACACGAAGGAGCUUUACGUGAUCGUAACAACCAUCAUCGAUAUGCUUCACCAAGCUCGACACGGUAA